AUGCUCAGCCCGCCGGCUGCCGGUGCAAACACAUCCAACAUGACGCAGCCGCUUCCAUCGACCUCUCUCCGGGCCACCCAACCUUCAAACUCUCUCUCCAGCACAAGCGCCGCCCUCUCGUCUCCGACGCAGCUUUCCAUGAAGGCCGAGCACCUCUCACAGGCAUCGGCCGUCCCUGGACAAAAGAGUGGCCGUAAGCGACCUCGCGACUCAUCGCUCCCCUCUUCGCGCCGCAACGCUGCUGCAGAAGCUGCCGUGGACGACGAAGACGAUGAUGCUGCAGACGACGACGACGACGAGCAGGCCACGCGAACGCGCCCGAGGCAUCACGUCGAGGUGUCCGAGGCAGAUCAGCAGAGCCCACCACCCAGCCCCUCUGGUAAUGCGCAGCCCGGCUCUCGCAUCGUCCCGCUCGCUCAGAGGUCCGCCGACGGCUACCUGCCCGGCUCGAUCCGCAGGGUGGCGCUGUACCAGUUUGUCACGUUCGACUUUGUCGAGUUCCGACCCGGUCCACACCUCAACAUGAUCAUCGGCCCAAACGGGACGGGCAAGAGCACCAUCUCCUCCGGCAUCGCCUUGGGCCUCGGAUGGUCCACCUCGGUCCUGUCCCGCCAAAAGGACCUGGCAGACUUUGUCAAGAGCGAUUGCCAGGAGGGUUGGAUCGAGCUCGAGCUGCAGGGACUGCCCGGCCAGGCCAACAUCGUCAUCCGCCGCACGCUCGUCAAGACCGACAACACCAGCGAUUGGUUCCUCAACGGUCGCAAGUCGUCGAAGCGAGAGGUCACGGAGCGUGUCGGCGAGUUCGAGAUCGACAUCUCCAACCUGUGUUCCUUCCUUCCGCAGGACAAGGUGGCCGCCUUUGCACGUAUGAGCUCGCAAGAGGUCCUCGUCGAGACAGAGAAGACAGCCGGCGACGCUAACCUCUUCAGGUGGCACACCAAGCUCGAGGAGCUCGGCAAGGUCCUUGCGGCGAGGGAGGCCGCGCUCGAGCAAGACCUCAAGCAGCGCGACAACCUCAAGGAACGCAACGAGGCGCUCGAGAGGGACGUGCGCCGAUUCGAAGAGAGGGAAAAGAUGGAGAUGACCAUCUUCCAGCUCAAGUGCAAGAUCCUGCAGGUCAGGCACGACGCGGCGCGCGCCGAACUCGAGGCGCUCAAAGAAGCAAAGUCCGAGGUCAAGGCGCGCCUGAGGGCGGCAGAAGAGGCCGGCGCGCCGAUGAAGGCGCAAAAGGACGAGCUCAAGGCCGAGAUCAGGCAGGCGGACGGCUGGAUCCGAGGGCAGCGCGAGGCCAUGCACGGCGAAGAAAAGUCCAUCACCCAGCUGGGCAGGGAGAUCGACCGCCGCAUCGGCGAGCUCGAUGCUCUCCACGGUGAGAUGCAAAGCCUGAAGACCCUGGAAGAGCAACGCAAGAAGAACAUCAGAGACCUCAAGGCGGAAAUCGCAGAGCGAGAGGAGUCGAUCCGUGCAGGGCCGCCCGAGGUCGACCUCUCCGAGAUCAAGAAGCAGCUGAGGUCGAUCGAUCAAGAAGACCGACAGGCGCAGGACGAGCUCUACAGGGUCGCAGCUCUCAAGAACCACAUCUUGAUGGAGAGCAACAACUUGGCACGUUCACGCGACGAGCUCAAGGCGAGGCUCGAAUCCCUCGCAGACGUCAAGGCCCAGCGGCUCGAGACACUGCGACGAGCCGAUCCCGCAGCCCAUACGGCCGUCAUGUGGUUGCGCGAAAACCAGGCCAUGUUUCAGCAGCCGGUCUACGAGCCCGUCCUCCUCGAGAUCAACGUCAAGGAUCCGGCGUACGCCAACGCGGUCGAAUCGUGCCUCAACUGGCCCCUGAUGAAGACGUUCGUCUGCCAGACACGCGCCGACUACGACCUCUUCACCCGAGAGGUGAUCGACAAGCGAAGGAUGCGGGUCACGGUGGCCGAAGUCGAAAACAUGGAACUCUCGAAAUUCCGACCGCCAGCGAGCCCCGACCAGCUCUGUGCCCUCGGCCUCGACAAGUACGUGCUCGAGCUCAUCGAUGGACCCAGGGAUGUCCUCACCCACCUCUGCAACACGGCGCAUCUGCACACCAUCCCGGUCGCCCGGGACGAGUCCAGGGUCGACAUCGAGCGCGUGGAGGGCUCGCGCCUCUUCCGACGCUUCGUCAUCGGCAGCACGACUUUCACCGUCACGUACUCGGCCUACGGCAACAAGGCGGCACAGACGGCAUCGCGCUUCGUGACGCCAGCGCGCAACCUCGCGGGAUCCAUCAACGACAGGCUGAAGAAUCAGCUCGACGGCCAGAUUCGCACCAUCCAGCAGAAAAUCGCCGAGCAGGAGGCACAAAUGGCUCCGUUGAUCCAGAGCGAAGCCUCACUCAGAGCGGAAAGGGACGACCUUGCUCAACGCAAGGCAGAGCUCCAGAGCGAGAAGCGCGACAAGGAGAGCGUCAGAAGCAACUGGGAGAAGGUCAAGGUUGUAAUUGAGCAAAAGAAGAAGCGGCUUGCAAACGAAGAGCAGGCGCCGAGCGUCGAGGCCAAACGCCUCAGUUGCCUUCAAAGGAGAAAGAAGCUCGUCCACCUGCGCGCUCAGGUGGCACAGAAGCUGAAGGCCGCCGCGCUGCGGAUGAUCAAGCUGCAGGCGGGGCUGGACGUCCGGAGCCUCGAGAAACUGCAACUGGCGGCCAACCUGCGUCAUGUCGAAAGCCUCGUCGAAGACCACCGCACCGCUCUCGGCGAGCUCGUCAGCGAAAAGGAGGAGGCCUCGCGAAGGCUGCAGAUCGCCGUGACGCACUAUAAGCGCAUCGCCGAAGAGUCACACGCGCUUGCGAACAACGACCAAGGAUUCGUGCCGGAACUGGAUGACGAGAUCGAAGACAGUCUCGAAGAUCUGCAAGCCAAUCUGUCGCGACAGCAGGCGGCCUACGAGAACGCUCAAGGCAUCCGCCCGGGCGUCAAGGAGCAGUUCGACGAGCGCAAGAAGGAGAUUGCCGCGCUCGACAACAAGAUUGCAAAGGCAGAGAGCGACAAGGCUGCGCUUCAGCGCAGGCUCGAGUUGACAAAGUCGAAGUGGCAGCCGGCGCUGGCUGAGCUUGUGUCGCGGAUCAGCGAGAAGUUCUCGGCGGCUUUCGACAGCAUCGGCUGCGCAGGUGAAGUGCGCAUCAAGGAGGCCGAAAAGUUCGAGGACUGGGGUAUCGAGAUCCUCGUCAAGUUCCGGGACGAGGCCUCACUGCAAGUGCUCACCGGUCAGCAGCAAUCCGGCGGCGAGCGUUCGCUGUCCACCAUCAUGUACCUCAUGUCGCUCACGGAGCUGUCAAGGAGCCCCUUCUCGCUCGUCGACGAGAUCAACCAGGGGAUGGACCAACGGGCCGAGAGGAGCGUGCACAACCACAUGGUCGACGUCACAUGCAAGGAUUCGGCCUCGCAGUACUUCCUCAUCACGCCAAAGCUGCUCACCGACCUUCGCUACCACGAGAAGAUGAAGAUUCUCGUCGUCAACAACGGGGACUGGGCGUCCAAGCCAAUAGGGCUUCGCAAGUAUGCCACCAAGGCGCUCAGGACCAACGGCAAUCAGUGA